AUAUUGGACUAAGUGGAUCACAUCACAACAAACAAAGUCAAUCAAGGCUCCCUUCUCUCCGGUUCAUAUCCCUGCAAUUACUCUCUUUUUUUCUCUAUAAUCCCUUGCAUGAAUUCUCCGCCUCUCUCCUUCACCCCCUUGGAAGAACCAUAUUUCACAGUACAGCACCAUCCACUCAAAGGAUCCCUGAAUCUUAAUAAUCAAUUCUAAAAAACCCUGUAACUGUCACUGGAUCCCUUACAUUCUCCCAACCGACGUCGUUUUAGCUGUCACUUAGCUUUUCAUGGGGACCUCGAAUGGUUAUUCGACGAAUUAUCAGUAUUCGUAUUCGUUUGCAGAUUCACGGCGAGACGUAUUUUACUGUUGUGGUUCUUGUGGCUAUGAUCUGAACCUCAACUCGUCCAGCCGAAACACAUCGACCAUCGGUUCGAAAUACGGAAAGUUUAUAAGAAAAGGGAUCAUCUCUUUUUACACUAUCGACGAGAGCAGAUUCAAUCAAGUCCAAGAUUUCAGUUGUGUGCCCUAUUUCAUUUCCAAGCACUUCUGGGGUUUUUUUCGUAAAAGGACCAAACUUUUGUGCCGAAAUUGUGGGAGCCUUAUUGGUAUAGCCCGUGACGUGAAAGAUGACUCAUCUUACCAUCUCAUAACAAACGGGCCGGGCCCACACUCUGCGGGCCCAAUCUCUAGUAAGAGAAAGUAUGAUAUCAAGAUUCGCUCCUUGCAGCCCUCGUCUGCAGGUUUCGGUACGCCUCUUGUUCUGUGAUUGUUGUUUGAAUUUUGAAACAUUCAGAUGAGCUCGUUUUAGUGUAAUUACGAAACUGCCCUUAGCUGCAUGACGUGGUUAAGAACUUUCCGGAAAAUUCCUUUGGAGAUUUUGCAUCUUCUUGAAAAACUAGAGACAUAUAUAUAUGGAAAGGGUAUUUUUGUGAAAGGAGAUUGAUUGUGGUUUUGUUUAAUCAGACUCAACUUUGAGGGUGCUUUCGCAGUUAAGCCCGUUUUGUUUGAAUAUAUGGGCAAUAGUUUUCCAGGAUGGGUUGUAAAUGAUCCGUCUUUUUUCAUUUGUUCUUUCAGCUUUUUUUCUCGAUCAAUCGGAUUUUUACCACUGUAUAGAUGAAUUGUGAAUGAAGUCAUUUGUACUGAAUGAUUUUAAAUCAAUGAAAUUGAGAAAUUUACAUGGCACAUUUUACUUCUCUCUCUCUCUCUCUCUAUGGGGAAACUCACAAUUUUGACAUAAAAUUGG